AUGCACCAAAAAUCACUUAGGGCCCGUACAAAAUGCACGUGGGUGUGUGACGAGUGCGGACGCGUUUUAGCCAACAAAUUCUCGUUCGAAAAUCACAAAUUUCUAGUGCACGAAAGGAAAUUGAAAAUUUACUGCGACAAGUGCGGCAAAGGAUUUCCAUUGAUCGGCCAACUCAGACAGCACGAACUAGUCAAUCAUCCCACUAUCGAGCCAUUGCCUUGUCCCAAUUGCGACAAGAAGUUUAAAACUCACGACGCUUUUAGGCGACAUCAGCACGUGCACAGCGACAAUCGCGAGUUUCGCUGCGACAUUUGCCCGAAAAAAUUCAUCCACAUUGUAUCGUUUAAAAAGCACUUGCGCGAACAUAAAAACGGGAAGAGAAGUUUCACUUGCGAGGUUUGCGGAAAGAUCGUGACGACCAUGGCGAGCCUGCAAAAUCACAUUAGGACGCACACUGGGGAAAAGCCUUUCAAUUGCACUUAUUGCGACAAGACUUUUGUGUGCAAUAACCAGUUGAAAACGCACAUGGUUGUACAUACCAAAGAGAAAAAGUUCGUGUGCAAGGUGUGCGAUAAAAGAUUCACUCAAAGACAUACUUUGAAGACACAUUUUUUGAAAAUCCAUCCUAGUGAGAAUAUAGAUAUUUGUGAAUAA